CUCCUAACUCUGGAACCUUCGGGUAGGCGGAGGUGGAGAGGGGACCUCGAGGGCCUUGAGGAGACAACUCCACCCCUAGGUGGUUUGAACUUUGAGCCUGUUUAGUCCUGAUGAGAAGUUUCGCUUUCCUCAAGUUUAAGACACUUGGAACUUCAAGAAUUGGAGGUUUAUGCCAAUUGAGACCGGUCAGCACUGAGCAGAGUUAAGAGUACUAAGAGACAGAGAUUAAAAUGGCUUCCAGAGGAAAGACAGAGACAAGCAAACUAAAGCAGAAUUUAGAAGAACAGUUGGAUAGACUAAUGCAGCAAUUACAAGAUCUGGAGGAAUGCAGAGAGGAACUUGAUACAGAUGAAUAUGAAGAAACCAAAAAGGAAACUCUGGAGCAACUAAGUGAAUUUAAUGAUUCACUGAAGAAAAUUAUGUCUGGAAAUAUGACUUUGGUCGAUGAACUAAGUGGAAUGCAACUGGCUAUUCAGGCAGCUAUCAGCCAGGCCUUUAAAACCCCAGAGGUCAUCAGAUUAUUUGCAAAGAAACAACCAGGUCAGCUUCGGACAAGGUUAGCAGAGAUGGAUAGAGAUCUCAUGGUAGGAAAGCUGGAAAGAGACCUGUAUACUCAACAGAAAGUGGAGAUACUUACAGCUCUCAGGAAACUUGGAGAGAAGCUGACUGCAGAUGAUGAGAACUUCUUGUCAGCAAAUGCAGGUGCUAUUCUCAGCCAAUUUGAGAAAGUCUCUACAGAUCUUGGCUCUGGAGACAAAGUUCUUGCUCUGGCAAGUUUUGAGGGAAAAAACGAAAAAAUGAUAUGGUGUGAACGCUUGGGAGAUUGAUGACAUUCUUAUUGUAAACGGUAUUUUUCUUCUGGGGAGUUUGAGUUAUGGCAGAGAAGUCAAGAGAUUCAUGAAAUGUAUUCAUAACCUAAGAAAAAGUGACAGAAAAACGUACUCACUGCUUUUGUUUAUGCCCUUUGUCAUUGUGCUUUGUGUAGGGAUACACACUUCAGUCAUUCUGGCCUUGUUGGGAUGGAAAGCCUCAUGAACCUUGUUCAUUAUAGUUUGUCUGUUUAAGAGAAAACAGUGUCUCUGCCUGUUUUUAUUAACCCUCCCUGUUCUUAAGUGCUGAUAGUAAAUGAAAAGAUGUGAAGUGACAGUUCUUUUCUGCUCAUAAUUUAUCCCCAUUUGUUGGAGUAAAUAAUGUAGCAACAUCAAUAGACCUCAUAUAUGUUCAUAGCAUUUUAGAGUUCUGUGUGAUCUUAGAAAUCAUUUUCAUGUUACAUACAAGGAAAAUGAGGCUCAGAAAGAGCAAGUGACUAGUUUGUAGUCUUAUUAGAGACAGAGCUGGGGAUAAGACUUGGGUGUCCUGUCAGUGUAAUGUCCAUUGAGUUUUAUUUAUUUUGUGCUACUUUUAAAAAAUAAUUAAGACUUAUUUGUACAAGUCUGUGUUUAUGAAAAUUCAGUGUCCCAAUAAGUUGUCACUGAGGGACUAUUCUCCAGCCUGUAAGCUCUCAGUAUGAAUGGUGCCCAUUGUGUCUCUGAGUUUUGAGCUUGGAACAAUGGGAGCCCUGUUGCGAGUCUCCUGAGGUGACUUAACCUCCUGUGUUGUUUCACCAGGGAAGCAAUUGGAAGUGGCAGCUCGAGGCCCUCCCUGUGUGUGACCUUACCACCCAGAGGGUGGUGACCGUAAACUACUAUUUACUCUUCAGUUUUUGGAGAAACACAAAAUAAGUUCCAAGGAGUAGCCAGUUUCUCUCCUGAGUGUUUAGUCUCUCUGCACACUCAAAUAUGUAGAUUUUCACAUAUGUAUGUAUGUCAGCUUGUUUCCCAGGCUCUGGCCACUUUAUAUUCUUACAUGUUUUUCUCAGUAUUCUUUUUCUUUUAAAAAUGAAAAACAUUCUUAAAAUGUUUAAAGCUUCUUAUAUACUGUAAAAUCUAGGUGCUCUGCCAACUGGACAAAUUAGGGGAACUCAGCUAUAUUAAUGCCUUAUAUGGAACUUGUAAUGGGUAAUUUUUUAUGUAUUGGUUUAUGAUGAUCCAAAACUCAUUAAAUUGUGACAAACUAAGGAAAAGCAGAUUACCUGCUAUUUGUUUAGGGCUUUGCGGUCAGUCAUCAUUAUUUCAUUAUUCUGUGUGUUCUUUUUAACCGAAGUGAAAUUCACAUGACAUAAAAUUCACCAUUUUAAAGCGUACAAUUGAGUACACUCACAGUGCUGUGUGGUGAUCACCAUUAUCUAGUCUAGAACAUUUUCAUCACCCCCAAGGGAGCCCCAUCCUUACUAAGCAGUCACUCACUCCUCCAGCAAUCACUCAUCCACUUCCUAUCUCUGUGAA